AUAGAAUUGAGGACUUGAUUUCGCCUCGACUCUCGCUCAAACCUCCUUCACUCUUUUUCUUUUACCAUGUCCACUACUAUCGCUCAUUUCACAAGUUUCCAGCGCAAAUGGCUCCUUUAUAAGGACCCUUGUACGCGCAAAGUUAGAUUGAACUCUCUGGAGUGCGGUGGAUGCGGGGACAUAAUUAUCUGCGGUAACGAGUACGACCUGACGAGAUGGCUCAAGCAUCGAAGCUCAUGCACUGGAGUGGAAAUACUCGAGGAGACACAGUACUGGGAUCAUCCCUACUGUAAGUCGUACAGUGGCAGCUUCACUUCCUUGCCCACUCCACCCUCGGACCCUAACUCCCUACCAAGACGAUGGCCUUUCUUCGUGAGACUGGCGAUAUCUCUGCCCGUGCUUUUCAAAUGCCGUCCUUCGGGCCUAUCUCACUAGGACCAAGAAGAUCUGAGGACGUACUCUCUUCUAUUGUCGAAGCUCAUGUCUACGUACUUCUGCACGAUAAUUCGUAGCUUCUCCCGUUAGCAUCAUUUUGACUCCGAUAGGUGUCCUCCCUCACUCGUUAUACUCGAAUACUCUCUCUAUAUACCUCUUCACACUCAC